CCUUGAGGGGCCUGAGUCACCGGCCGCCGCCCUGGGUCGGCGGGAUGGGGGUGGCGGGUGUCUGGACACCUGGGUUUUCCAAGGCUGCGGGGCAGGAGAGAGUACUUCCCACCCUCAAGGCGACCAUGGCCACCAUCCCAGACUGGAAGCUACAGCUGCUGGCCCGGCGCCGGCAGGAGGAAGCAGCCAUUCGGGGCCGGGAGAAGGCGGAGAGGGAGCGUCUAUCCCAGAUGCCAGCUUGGAAGCGGGGGCUCCUGGAGCGCCGCCGGGCGAAGUUUGGUCUGUCUCCUGGGGAACCCAGCUCUGAAUCUGGGACUACAGAGGCUGGACCUCCAGACCAAGACAAGUCUGCAGUCCUCCUGGAGGCCAUCGGCCCAGUGCACCAGAACCGAUUCAUUCGGCAGGAGCGCCAGCAGCAGCAGCAGCAGCAGCAGCAGCAGCAUCAGCAGCAGCAGCAGCACCGGAGUGAUGAGCUGCUUGCAGAAAGAAGGCCUGGGCCUUUGGAGGCCAGGGAGUGGAGACGGAGCCCUGGAGAGAUGAGGGAUCCAAGCCCCAAGGAAAGAGAUUCUAAGGAAGAGCAGCUCAGUCCCCAAGAAGCCAGAGAGAGGAAGCUGGGGGUAGGGGGAGCUGGAGAAUCAAGUCCCAGACCUUCAGGAGCUCGGGACUGGAGGCAGAGCCCCGGAGAGGAUGGAGACAGGAUCUCCAGGCUGUCAGAGGUGCGGAAAUGGAGGCUGAGUCCCAGAGAAACGCAGGACUGGAGUCUGAGAUUGGCAGAGCCUCAGGAGCAAAGCCCUAAGAGAAAAGAGAUGGUGGAAAGUAGACUGAGCCCAGCAGAUUCUGACGGUCAGCAGCUGGGCCUGACAGAGGCCCAUAAAUGGAGGCCUGACCCCAUAGAGUCUCAGGAACAAAGUUUGAUACAACUGGAGGCAUCAGAAUGGAGGCUGAGCUCAGGAGAAAGAAAAGACAGCUCAGAGGAAUGUGGGAGAAGAGAAGACAGGACAGCUCCAAGGAUGACUCCGGAAGAGAUUACAGGGCUGUCUGAGACCCUGACACGGAGGGCUCCGGACAGCAGCUCUGGAGUACAGGCAGCAGAGCAGGGACCCAGCCCUGUGGAAGAUGGCGGGGGGGACUUGAGGCUGACAGAAGGGUGGAGAUGGACCCUGUACUCUGGGAAGGUCCGAGAAUGGACACCCAGGGACACAGAGACUCAAACUCAGAAGCCAGCCCCUCCAGAGUCUGCUGAGAAGCAUCUGGGGCCUCUUGAUGCAGAGGCUGGAGAAGGGGAGGCUGAAAAGGAGAAGGCAGGAGCUCAAGGCAGGUCUCUGAGCACCCUGCAGAACUGCUGUUCUGUGCCCUGCCCCCUCCCACCAGAGGACGCUGGGACUGGAGGCUCUAGACAGCAGGAAGAGGAAGCUGGGGAACUCCGGCCCCCACCCGCAGCCCCUCUGUCUCCACCCCCAACCCCACCUGCCCCCCAGUUCCCUGGGGAUCCCCUCAUGAGCCGGCUGUUCUAUGGGGUGAAGGCAGGGCCAGGGGUAGGGCCCCCCCGCCGCAGUGGACACACCUUCACAGUCAACCCAAGGCGGUCUGUCCCCGCUGCAGCCCCUGCCACUCCAGGCACCACUGAUGCUGCGGUCCCUGGUGCUGGGAAGAAGCGGUACCCAACUGCUGAGGAAAUCUCGGUUCUUGGGGGCUACCUCCGCCUCAGCCGCAGCUGCCUUGUCAAGGGGUCCCCUGAAAGGCACCACAAACAGCUCAAGAUAUCCUUCAGCGAGACAGCCCUAGAGACCACGUACCAAUACCCCUCCGAGAGCUCAGUACUGGAGGAGCUGGGCCCGGAUCCCGAGACCCUCGAUGCUCCCACCGCCCCAGCGGCCCAGCCUGACGAAGAUGAGGAGGAGGAGGAGCUGCAGCCGGAGCUCCGGGGUGGGCUGCGCCACAAGGCGCUGAUAGUAGAUGAGUCCUGCCGAAGGUGACCCUCUUCCAACACAGGGACAUACCAACCUUCUUCUCAGAACUAAAGAUCCUGAAUUCCAGAAGAUUCAGAGCAGAUAACCCUGAAAAUGAACCUGGCAGGGAAGGGCAACCACCAUCUUCCAACUUGCUUUCCUCAUCCUGUUUUUGGAGACAGAGCCCAAAUUCCACCCUCACCCAAAAUCCCCAGUGUGAAUGCAUCAGGCAUGCUCGUGCACCCUGGGUGACCCAAGUCCCGAGGGAAGAGGACAGAGCUCACGGGGGGUGGAGGUGGAGAACCUUGCUCUUCCCUCAGCCCCUGUUGGGCUCUCAGGAUUUAAGCACUCAUCUCCCUGGGAGGCUGGCCCUCAGUCCUUUCAUAGGCAUGUGUUUCUCCUGUUCCUUAGGUCACUGUCCCUUUGUUUAUAGCUCCUGCCUCCUCUCUUGAUCACAGCCUGGUUUACAAACAUCCCCAGCUCCCAUCGCACCCCCCAAAGUCCCAGGUUUAUAAGUCACACCUAUGUUCCAUGUCCAUGUGAAAUCCUCUUGUCUUCCAGCACCCCCUCAAGUCAUCUCACUGGGAAUGAUCUGUAGGUGUGGCUUCCUCCAUCUUUGCUCGUGUAACUAGGCCUCAGUUUUCCCCAAGAGAAAAGUCAAGGAAUCUUAACUCCAUAACCCUAUCUGGUGAUUUAAGUGGUUCACAAAUGAAUUAAAUUGCAAAGGUAUAGAGUGACUAAUGAAGUACCUCAACUCUCUUCCCCUAUUUCUCCUUUCUUAUCAAUUGCCUGUUUUAGGAAAAAAAGAUAAAAACAACUUUUCAUAAUAAAGUGGAGUUCUUUCCAA